AACUUAAAAUUUUUAAAUGAUUAUAAUUUUUUUAUUCUUAAAGUGUUAUCUUUUCUAAUUAAGUUAUGAAAUAGUUAUAGAACAUUUUUCAUUAAGAAAAAAAACAAGUUUUGGGUCGUCACUGAUUCUCCAACGAUUCCUACACCUGUAAUAUUGGGUUACGGUAAAUAUUUCUAUGGUGAGAAGGUAUUCCAACAGUGGACAAGAGAAAGGUAACUUCUCUUGUACACAACUGAACACCUCGAGGUAGACGACGGGUAACACAUUCUUGUUACUACCUCCACAUCGCGUGUGAUCGACUAAAAAAUUUAUCAAGUGUUCUCAAAAUCAAAAAAGAACUUUAGAGUUUAAAAAUUGAGUUUAAAAUGCGAAUCUAUGAAAAUACGUAAUAGAAACUUAUUUAAUUAAAUAAAAAUUAAAAUUGGUGAGGAAGUGAUAUUGUUUUUUGUUUAUUUGUUGGAAAGAAAAAAAGUAAGUUUUGAUUUUUAAUGAUUUUUAAUAAUUUACGAAGGUGUGUUCUUAAAUGGGAACGAUAUUUUAAAAUUUCUUAAGGUAAUUUAAAGAAUGCAGGAUGUCAACGAUCAAAUUGAUUUUUUUGUAAUCUUUCGACCUUCAAAAAUAAAAACUGGUAUUAAAAAAGAAAUGAGAUCAUUGGGGAGAGAGACUAGUAACGAAUUUUCCUUUCACCGCGACCUUUACUAUUUUCAAAUAAUUUUUUAAAUAAUCGAUUAUAUAAUUAGAAAAAAAAUUCAUUAAAUUUUUUAUACAGGACUAAAUUAAUUAAGUAAAUACAAAAGUGGUUCUUUGUGAUAUAAGAAUCUUAAGAAAAAUUUAAAUAUUGUAAUUACAUUUGAAUAGAAAGUGGAUAAAUACAAGGAUAUAGGAAAUUUAAAUUUAAAAAUCUUUUUAUGUCAAUUACAAAUUUAAUUAUCUUCAUUCGUUAUUUUAACGCAACGAAAAUGAAAUAAUACUCAAAGAUACUUAAAAACAGGUGUUCUUUAUGGUCUAUGAGCAAAGUGAUGAGGUGAUUAGAUGAACCGAUGAGAAGAAAGUGUGAAGGAAAUGAAAUACAAAACUAAAUUGAAUCUUUCGUUUCAUAAGGAGAUGCUUUUAAAAUGAUGUUAAAGGCGAAAGCAUUUGUUCGUUACAAAAUCAAUAAAGUGAAAAUUUAAAUUAGUUUAAAUAAAUCUUAUAACAAUCUUUACUAAAGAUCGGUAACCUUAUAAAAGAGAAUACCACAUUGGGUGUGGACCUCUCGGUAACUUUCAGAAAUUAUUCAAUACAGAAGAAGCGAGAAAUGCCAAGGGUAUUCUCGGUAUUCCAUUCGAGAUAUAAAAUACAAAUAACUAUUAUUACAUCAUUACAAAGUUUGUAAAAAUUUUGAUAUUUCACAAUUUUCUUUCUACUUUAUCGACAUUAUUAAUUAUUGUCAAUUUGACGCAAUAAGAUAACCUCAAAACUGCGAAAAUUUCAACGACUAUCCAUAAAUCAUUUUUUUAUUCCCAAUUACUUCAUAAUAAAUUAAAACGGGACGGCAAAAACAAGAAAAAAGUCAAUAAAACGAAUAAGAGGUUCACGUAUCUUCGCUAAGAUGAAGAAAAAACAACGCCUCGGGGUUCAAGAACCGCUAAUCGAAAUUACUGGGGCACCGGGGCGUGCUUCUCGGCCCCCCUUCAGUUUCUUCACGAGAAGAACCUCUUUUAAACGAUUAAGAAAAAAAUCGACCUCAAAAUGUAUCAGAUAAAUUAAAAAUAAAAUUAUUUAUUUUCUAGGUUCGAAUUAUUUUUUUAAAUAAAUUAUCAUUUCAAUUGGCUGGUUUCAAUGGUACGAUGAACGAGAAUUAACUGUACUUAACUAUAUCUACAGUUUAUUCUACACGCGAUAAAAUCACGAAAAAAAACGUUAUUUAACUUACAAUUUAAACGAAAAAUCGAUUGAUUUAAAUAUUUAAAAUAAUUUAAACAUAACCUAGUUACAAAAUAACUAAAGUUAGCAAAAUAAAUAUGUGUCCAAUGAACAGUUACAAAACGUAGUGUGGUUUUAUGCAAAUUUAACGACAUCCCGUCCAUUUUAGAUACAGAUAUUUAUGUUAACGUUCUCAAAACAUAUGUUUUUUAAAUUUGCGUCAAUUCUACUUCUAUCAGUAACAACAUUGGCUGAAGAUAAUUUUAGACCAUGUUCGGAAAUUUCACGAGAACUCCGUUUUCCGUGUCGAUGUUCUUUAGGACCAAUUGAAUCAGCCCUAGAAGGGAACCCAGCUAUUUCAAUGGAUUGUGAUCGAGUUGUUUUUUCAACGGAUUCAACGAAUGCGAUUCCCUAUGGGGCCCCGAUUGUAUCAUUUCAACAAAGAUACGCUGGUUAUCAAUCAUUACCAACAAAUUUAUUAGCUUUAUCUGGACUUCCGUUGCGCUCGAUCGAUUUCUCCGGGAAUUCUUUAAGAAGAGUAACUGAAAAAUUAUUAUUGAAGUUGCAAAAUUCUUUGGUUGAGUUGAGAUUAGCCGAUAAUCUUCUGGGAGAUACAUUAAACCCGAUUUUUUCAACAAGCGAAUUCCACACUUUAAAACAUCUGCAAAUAAUUGAUUUUAGUGGAAAUGGGAUUAAAGCAAUCGAAGAAGGAAUUUUUGAAGGUUGCCAAAAUUUGCAAGAAAUUUAUUUAGACAGAAAUAGUUUUUCGUUAACCCCCGGAGGAUCUUUAAACGGACCAAAAAGCUUAAAAAUUUUAUCAUUAAAAGAUAACCGAAUAUCAUUCAUCAAAUCUAACACAUUCAGAGCGCAAAAGGACUUAGAAAUCAUCGAUUUUAAUCGGAAUUUAAUCUCAAAUAUCGAAGGUGGUGCAUUUUUUGGUUUAGAAAAGCUUCAACAACUCCGUUUAGGCCAUAAUAGGUUAUCAAAAUUUAAUAGCGAUGUAUUUCAAGGUGCUGAAAAUGCACGACACUUAGAUUUAAGUGAAAAUUUCAUCGCUGAAUUCCCAUCGGUUGCGUUAAAACCACUCGUUAAUUUAUUAUAUUUAAAUUUAUCAUCGAAUUCGAUUCAAAAUUUGGAUAAUAAUGAUUUGGCAACGUUUGUAAAUUUAUAUUUUCUGGAUUUAAGCAGGAAUAAUAUUGGAAAUAUCGUCCCUGGAACCUUUUUGGGGUUAAAACAAUUAAGAAAAUUGGAUAUUAGUGUGAAUUCAUUAAGAACUAUUGAAGAUGAUUCUUUUGAAGGAUUGGAUAAUUUAGAAUACCUAAACUUAAAAGACAACAACAUUUUAUUAAUCCCAGCAUCCGCUUUAGGAAGAUUACCACGCUUAUCGAUUCUGCAAUUAGAUUAUAAUCGAAUAGCUGCUUUAUCGGGGGAAAUUCUUCGUUCAAUAGCAGAAAAAGUAACAACUUUAAUUAUAUCAAGAAACGUUGUUAGAGAACUUCCUUCAUCCACAUUUCAAUAUUUCGAGCAAUUAGAAAAUUUAGAUUUAACCCGAAACUUAUUAACAUCUCUAAACUCGGAGACGUUCAACGGGCUAGAAACAACUCUUGUAAAUUUAGUCCUUUCUCAAAAUAAAAUAACGAAUUUAAAUGAAAAUUUAAGUUUGAAUCAACUGGAGAAAUUGGAUUUAAGUGAAAAUCUAAUUACAAAUAUUUCCAGUGAUUAUUUUAAAGAAUUGGCGAAUUUAAGGAGGUUAGAUUUAAGCGGGAAUGUAAAUUUAAGAAGUUUCCCAAUAACAAUUUUACACCCGUUAUUAAAUUUGGAGAUUAUCGAUUUGAGCCGGGUUAAAAUGAAAAGUUUAUCAUCUGAUUUUUUUAAUAAAAACCUAAAAUUAAAAGAAAUUUAUUUAAAGGAUAAUGAAUUGAUUGAGAUAUCAGAACGAAGCUUUGAAAAUAUGAUUAAUUUAACGAUUUUGGAUUUAUCGAUAAAUAAAAUUCAGAACAUCCGUCAGUCCGCGUUUGUUAAUUUAAUGAAUAUAAAGGAAUUAAUAUUAAAACAUAAUCAAUUAAGUAGCUUUAAAGGUGAAUUUUUCAAUACCGGAACAAGUUUGGAACUAAUCGAUAUCUCAAAUAAUCAAUUAAGCUAUCUAUAUCCGUCAAGUUUUCGGAUCCACCCCAGAUUAAAAACAUUAAAAGCGAAUAAUAAUAAAUUUAAUUUUUUCCCGGCUGAAUUAAUUAUGGAACUCCAAUUUUUAGAAUUUAUUGAUUUAUCAAAAAAUUAUUUAAAAGCCAUCGAUGAAUUAGAUUUUGCGCGUCUCCCAAGACUUCGAAGUUUAAUUUUAAACAACAAUCAAAUCGAAAACAUCAACGAGAUGUCUUUUCACAAUUCAUCUCAAUUACAAGUCGUAGAUUUAAGUUAUAACAAAUUAGAAAGAUUCGGCGAGCGCACUUUCGAAGGAUUAAUUCGUUUAGAAUCGUUAAACUUAGAAGGUAAUUUUUUGAACGAUUUGCCCGAAUUUGCUUUCGAACGGGCUAGAUUACAAAUGCUCGAAAAUAUAAAUUUAGCAAAAAACUUAUUUGAAAUAGCCCCAUUACGAUCGUUGCAAAAACAAUUCUUUUUCUUAACUAAAGUGGAUUUAUCCAGGAAUAAAAUUGUUGAUAUCCCCGGAGAUAACUCGAUCAUGGUUAACAUAAAAAAUUUAGACUUAAGUUUUAACCCGUUAUCAGAAGACGCAAUAAGCAAUGUUUUAAGUGAACCGAAAACAAUUCGUCACUUAAAUUUAGCCGGAACUAACAUAAAAAAAUUAUCACAAUUAGAAACACCGUUCCUAACCUCGCUUAAUUUGUCGUUUAAUAACAUCUCAGAAAUCCCAAUAAAAGUUUUUGAGAGAGCAACUUUACUCGAAAAACUAGAUUUAUCCAACAACCAAAUCAAAGAAACCUCUCAUUUCCCUAAACUUUGGGAAAAUUUGUUAAAUUUGCAAUCCUUAAACAUCUCUGAUAACCCAAUUGAAACAAUUUCCCAUCAAGAUUUUCAAGGAUUGGAAAACUUAAAAACAUUAAAAAUAUCAAAUUUACCCGAAUUAACACGUUUAGAAAAAAAUUCAUUCAAAUCGACGCCAAAUCUAAUUCAUUUAGACGCAUUUAAUUACCCAAAGUUAGGUUAUCUUGAUCUUCAAGGACUCCUUUUAAACCUACCUUCAUUAGAAAAAGUUAAUAUUGAAACGAAAGAUUCGGGAAUAACCGGAGAACAACUUCAAAAUAUCUUAAACUCACGUUUAAACGAAUUAGGUCUGUUCGGUCCUCGAUUAAAAACGUUAAGUUCGGGAACUUUCUCCGGUUUGAAAGCUUCAGAGAUUACGAUUCGAUUAAAAAAUACUUCAAUAAGUACUUUACCUCAAACUUUAUUCUUUCCUGUUCCAAGAUCAUCGCAUAUUUCUUUGGAUUUAACGGGAAGUCAAUUAACAACGUUAAAUUUAAAUCUUUUGAAUACUUUAGAUGAUCGAGCUUUGAUGAUUUUUGGGUUAGAUACGAAUCCUAUUCUUUGUGAUUGUAAUUCGAAGGCUUUAAAACGUUGGCUUCCGAGUGGGUUUGAUGUGAAAUGUGGUAAUCCAGAGAGGUUGAGAGAUAUGUUUUUGAUUGAUGUCGAUGAAAACGAGUUAAUUUGUGAUUCUAAAAAAUUAACAACCAUUUCAACUUCUUCGGUUAAUCUAAAAAGUGUCACGAAAAGUGUUCAAAAAACAACGGAACCUGAUAUAAUUUGGUCAGUGGCUACUGAAAAAGCAAAAACAACAAAUAAAAAUGUUAAUAAUAAUAAUAAUAAUAAAAUACAAACCUCGCCUUCAACUGUAAAUAAUGAUGAUACUUUAAUAAUUGGAAUUGUUGGGGGCGUUGUAGCGUUCAUUGCUAUUUUAGUAAUUAUUAUUUGUAUUGUUCGAUUAAAAAUGACGAAUUCCUAUAAUAAUUCGCCGGUUUUACCUCCAAUUCCGGGAAGUAGUUGCGCUUGCAGUGUUAAAGGAGCUCCGAUUUAUGCGGUUCCUCCAAAUUAUACAGCUGGCUAUUCAGCUACUUUACCCCAUAAAGUACAACUUUCUGGGUCACCUAUUCGGACGACCUAUUCAACAAUGGGACGAGGAGUUCCAUAUCAUCAAACGGUUCAACCUUAUUUUAUAGCUUAUCCGUCUGAAGAAAAAAUUUAUCGGUAGCUGUUAAUUUUUAAAUUUUAUUAUAAUGUUUUUAAGUUAUUAAGUCAUAAUAAUGUUGUUUUAUAAUUUAUGUAGUUUAUAAUAAAACAUGAAAAGGUUGUUUUGUAUCUGUAUCAGAAAAUGUAAUUAAAAUUUAAUUUUAAUAAAGUUAACCCUCAAGUAC